AUGAUGUCUACUAACCAAAGCGUAGUGGAUCCACAAGCUUCCUUGCCGGCAUCCUCACAGCCCUCUCAACCGGUGUCCUCUUUACGACUCACCCGACCAGCAUCCGGUCCCUCUCUUGUGAGUGCUCCGCCUUCUGUGUCAACAGGUGCCAAGUGGAAGGCAGACGAGAUGCGGGCUUCUCAAAGGGCCAGUAGCACAAGGGACGAAGAAGAGUCAGGCUCUGAGGAGGAGGCUGCAGAGGGUCCAGUUGCCAAGAGGGCUCGAAGCAGCCAAGGAGGGAGGAGCGGGCAGGCCGGCAGGGGCGGGCGGGGAGGGCGCGCAGAGAGGGCAAGCAGGGAGAGUAGUGAAUGGAAUAAAUGUUCUGUAGAUGUCUGA